AUGAAGAAACAGAAAAAAGAAAACGAGGAGAUUGAGCACGAAGAAGAACAAUAUGAUUUUGGCAAGCCAAUGCGUCUUUUUUUUGACCCGAUGAACAAUAAAAAGAAGACAUUGAAGAAAGGAGGUGGAGGUGGGAAGAAGAAAACGAGGAAGACUGAGACACUUGUGAAUAAGAAGAAACAAGAUAAGAAGGCAAAGAAUGAGGGAAAAAAAGACGAUGGGGAAGAAGGAAAAAAACAAGAGAAAAGAGAAGAAGAGGAGGAGGAUGAAACCAGUAGCAAAAAGAUUUCAGAGAAAAGAUAA